CAAAGACGACAUCUUUCUUUUCUCACUAGUGUUCUUAUUGUAAUAUUAACUUUAAUAAAGUAGUAGAUUAUAAUUAUAAAAAGUUUAUACAAUUAGGCAGCGUUGAUAGCACCACCCUUCCAGUUAUUUCGUUUCUUGCCCACAUAUCUUGUUUCUGUGUCGGUCAUAUAGGGUCAAACCCGUCAAUUCAGCAUAAUAUAACUGCCUGAAAUCUCUGAGAGUAUGUAAUACGUUUGGAAUCCUCAAUCAAUCACGCCUAGAAGCACUGCCACUCCUCUACUCUCUUUCUCUCUCUCUAAACCAAAAACAUCCACAAUUAGGUGGGAUGGUUUCAAUUUCCGGCCACUUGUCGACUGAACCUCAAACCCUCAACAAACCCAAAACCCUAGAAAUCAAAAACAUGUUCGACUCAAUUCGAGCUCACGUCGCCUUACACCCUUGCUUCUGGCUCUUCAUGGCCGUUUUCGUCAUCCAAAUCGUCAUUGUCUUCGUCACAUGUGGUCUACCACUAUCUCCAUCCCUCCAGCAGAUUUCACCGGCUCCGGCCGCCGGAGACUGUAAUUCCGGCGAAGUCUAUGUAUACGACCUCCCGGCAAUGUUUAACAAAGAGUUGACGGACAAUUGCAACGAUUCAGACCCAUAUAAUUGGCGCUGCCAGGCGGUUUCCAACGAUGGGUUUGGCCGGAGAGCCACCGAGCUCGCCGGGAUUCUCCCGGAAAAUCUGGCUCCGGCGUGGUACAAGACCAACCAGUUCUCGUCGGAGAUUUUAUUUCACAAUCGGAUGUUGAGCCACAAGUGUAGAACACUAGAUCCGGAAUCUGCUACGGCGUUCUACAUACCGUUCUACGCUGGACUUGCAGUCGGGAAGUACUUGUGGAUCCAGAAUCAUACUAUGCGUGACCGGGACUGCGAGAUGUUACUGAGGUGGGUCCAGGACCAACCCUUCUGGAAGAGAUCAAACGGCUGGGAUCACUUCAUCACGCUGGGUCGAAUCAUAUGGGAUUUCAGACGAUUGAACAACCCAGAACUAGGCUGGGGGUCAAGCUUCGUCAACAUGCCGGCGAUGACCAACGUCACGCGCUUCACGAUCGAGAGGGCCCCAUCGGAAUACCUCGAUGUCGGUGUGCCUUACCCCACGGGAUUCCACCCUCGUUCAGACGACGACGUAUCACAAUGGCAGGAAUUUGUACGCAAUCGUAACCGUACAAGCCUCUACUGCUUUGUGGGAAUGGCACGUGGCGACAUCAAGAACGACUUUCGAGGUUUGUUACUGAGUGAGUGCGCGAACGAGUCUGACUCGUGCCGAGCCGUGGGUUGUUCCGAGACUCGGUGCUCGAUCGGGUACUCGGAGAGUCUGGAAGCGUUCUUGAGCUCCGACUUCUGUUUACAGCCGAGAGGGGAUAGUUACACUCGGCGGUCCACGUUCGAUUGCAUGGUGGCCGGUUCGAUCCCGGUUUUCUUCUGGAACCGGACGGCUUACAACCAGUACGAGUGGUUCUUGCCGGUUGAACCGGAGAGUUAUUCGGUUUAUAUAGACCAUUAUGAUGUGAGGAAUGGGACAUCAAUAAAGGGGGUGCUAGAGAGGUACAGCAGAGAAGAGGUGAGAAGGAUGAGAGAGAGAGUGAUAGAGUAUAUACCCAAGUUUGUGUAUGCAAAGCCCAGUGAGGGUUUGGAGAGUAUUAGAGAUGCUUUUGAUGUUGCCAUUGAUGGAGUAUUCAAGAGGUUCAAGGGGCAAAGACAGAUAGAGAACAUGUAUAAUUGAAGAGAAAUGAAUGAGGUAAAUUCAGCCAAGUAAUUCAAUUUUUGUUAGAAAUUAGGAUACAAGUAUUGUAUAUACAAUUGAAAUAACAUUAUCAAGCUCUUUAUUUUGUUCA